AAGACAUGGCGUUCCCUGACGGAUUUGGAUGGGGGGCAGCCACGGCAGCUUAUCAAGUGGAAGGAGGCUGGGAUGCAGAUGGAAAAGGCCCUAGUGUCUGGGAUACAUUCACCCAUCAGGGAGGAGAGAGAGUGUUCAAGAACCAGACUGGCGAUGUAGCUUGUGGCAGCUAUACUCUGUGGGAGGAAGAUUUGAAAUGUAUCAAACAGCUUGGAUUGACUCAUUACCGCUUCUCUCUUUCCUGGUCACGUCUGUUACCUGAUGGGACGACAGGUUUCAUCAACCAGAAAGGAGUUGACUAUUACAACAAGAUCAUCGAUGAUUUGUUGGAAAACGGCAUCAAGCCUAUAGUGACACUCUUCCACUUUGAUUUGCCUCAGGCUUUAGAAGACAAAGGCGGUUGGCUGUCAGAGACAAUCAUUGAAUCCUUUGACAAAUAUGCCCAGUUUUGUUUCCGUACAUUUGGGGAUCGAGUCAAGCUGUGGAUCACCUUAAAUGAGCCUAAUAUGUUUGCCCUGAUGGCAUAUGAUCUUGGCAGGUUUCCUCCUGGUGUGCCUCACCUAGGAACUGGAGGUUAUCAGGCAGCUCAUAAUUUGAUUAAAGCCCAUGCCCGAUCCUGGCACAGCUAUGAUUCCUUAUUUCGAAAAGAGCAGAAGGGUCUGGUAUCCCUGUCAUUCUUCAUUGCCUGGGCGGAACCAGCAGAUCCCAACUCAGCAUCCGACCAAGAAGCUGCUAAGAGAGUUAUGGCUUUCCAUCUAGAUCUUUUUGCUAAACCCAUAUUUACCGAUGGUGAUUAUCCUGAAGGGGUCAAGUCCCAGAUUGCUGCCAUGAGUACGAAGCAAGGCUACGCAUCAUCCAGGCUUCCAGAAUUUACAGAGGAAGAGAAGAAGAUGAUCAAAGGCACUGGUGAUUUCUUUGCUGUGCAAUAUUAUACAACUUGCUUAGCCAGACUCAAGGAGAACAAGAAAGGAGAACUGGGUGCUCUUUAUGAUGCCGAGGUUGAAAUUUCUACAGACCCAUCUUGGGUCAAUUUGGACUGGGUCUAUGUGGUGCCGUGGGGAAUACGUAAAAUACUGAAGUAUGUUAAGGAAACCUAUAACAACCCUGCAAUUUACAUCACUGAGAAUGGUUUUCCCCACAGUGACCUCACAUCUUUGGAUGACACUCAGCGCUGGGAAUAUUUCAGACAGAUAUUUCAGGAGCUGCUCAAAGGUAUCCAACUGGAUGAAGUCAACCUCAAAGUAUAUUGUGCAUGGUCUCUUCUGGAUAACUUUGAGUGGACACAGGGGUAUAGCAGCCGGUUUGGUUUCUUCCAUGUUGACUUUGAAGAUCCAGCUAGACCUCGAGUACCUUAUAGUUCGGCCAAGGAGUACGCCAAGGUCAUUCGGAACAAUGGCCUAGAGGGUCAAAAAUAGAGACAAUGGUUCAGCUGUUCCACCUGGAGAAGAAGUCUUUGUUUUUGCAAGGGAAAUGCAUAUCAGAGAAAAUUCAACUUGCUUUUGUAAUCACUCACUGAACAGUGAAUCUGAAAUUGGAAUAUAUGAUGUCUAGAGAUAUAAUAAUUUCCUUUUCCUUAUUUUCACGUAGAUCCAGAAAACAAACAAAUAUAAUAGAAAACCACUGCUACUGAUUGUUAUAUUAAUAAAUCAGAUAGAUUUGGAAACUUCUAUUCAAAUACUUAAAUUUAUCUAGAAAAAUUUCUAAAAUCUACAAAGACAGGUUAUUGAUAAUUUUCAAGUCUGACAACAAAUUUUCUCUUAAAAGUACACUUGCUUUCUCGUCUGUUUUUUUUUUCUACCUACAUAAACUGACAUUUUCCUAGUAGAUCCAAUUUCCUGUGGUCCAUAAUUGUUUUACUAUUAAAAAUACUA